AUAUUGAUUUUAAUUGUUCUUUGUUUAAAUUGCCAUUGAACUUGUUAUACAUUGCAAUUUUUAUAUAUUCCAAUUGCAAUUGAAUUUAACAAUGAGUGUUUCUUUUCCUCAUGUUAGACUUGGAAACUCUGGUUUGAAAAUAUCCAAGAUCAUUGUUGGAUGCAUGUCAUAUGGAUCUAAAAAUUGGGCCUCUUGGAUUGAAGAUGAUGAAGAAAAAGUCUUCAAAAUCUUGAAAAAAUUAUACGAUAGUGGAAUUAGAACUUUUGAUACAGCAAAUGUGUAUAGUAAUGGUAAAUCCGAGGAACUUUUAGGUAAAUUUAUUAAAAAAUUCAAAAUCAAAAGAGAUAGAAUUGUUAUAUUAUCCAAAUGUUUUUUUCCUGUUAGAGACGAUGACCAACCAGCCAAUUACAGUGAUAUCGAUAUCGAUUAUAUCAAUUCGCAAGGUCUAUCACGAAAACAUAUUUUUGAUGCAGUUGAGGCGUCAGUUAAAAGAUUGGGCACAUUUAUUGAUGUGUUGCAAAUCCACCGAUUUGAUCCUGAUACGCCAGGCGAGGAAAUCAUGAGAUCUUUGAACGAUGUUAUUGAAAAGGGAUAUACCAGGUACAUUGGAGCAUCAUCGAUGAAGGCGUACGAAUUCAUUGAUUUGCAACACAUUGCUGAAAAACAUAACUGGCACAAGUUCAUAUCGAUGCAAAACUACUAUAAUUUGCUUAACCGAGAAGAAGAAAGGGAGAUGAUACCAUAUUGUCAAAAGAAUGGGGUUGGGUUGAUUCCAUGGUCACCAAAUGCCAGAGGACUAUUGACAAGGCCAUUGAAUGCAGAGACAGAAAGAUCCAAAGUGGAAAAGAAGAGAUUCUCUAGUCUUGGACUAACCACUUUAGAGACAGGCGACAAGGAGAUAAUAUCUCGAGUUGAAAAUCUUGCAGAAAAACACAAGGUCUCGAUGGCUGCGGUUUCCACAGCGUGGGUUUUAUCCAAGGACAUCUAUCCUAUUGUUGGGAUCAGCUCUGAGAAACGAGUGGACGACUUGAUUGCUGCUGUUCUGGUGGAGCUCUCCAAGGAAGACGUUGAGUACCUCGAGGCUCCUUAUACCCCAAAGUUUUCCAGAUAUUAGAGCUCAUUUAGGGCCCUUCUUUAGGUCUCUUUAAGUCUGCGCUUUACGCCCACCGCUCAAAACGUAGAUCUCAAAACCAGCGUCACUCAAAAGCCGAGAGUGAGACACACACGCAGGAGCCACCACUGCGGAAGCGGUCCUAAACAAUACACGUGAAUAUC